AUGGACGGGCAGCAGAUCCAGGUGAGCGACGAAGAGAGAGAAGUCUUACGAGAAGAGAGUCGUCGGAGGAGAAGAAAGAAAGCUAUCACAUCACACACAUCUGCCUCUAUGGAUCAGAUCAGCAUUGAAUUCGUCCUGCCUACCGUGGCACGGGGCGGAAACAGCCCUGACACGGUGCAGCUGGAUGUCGCUGGGAACUGGACGGUUGAACAGGUGAAAGCUCAGGUGUGGCUGAAGGCGGUGACUUCAAACCUCUGUCCUGAAUUCUACCAGCGCUUUUCUCCUGACCACUGCAUCCUGCUCUACCAGAAGAAAGGCAACUUGUGUGAGAUCUACGACAAGCACCAGGUCUUCCAGACACUGGACUGCAUUCGCUACUGGAGAGCCCUGAAGAAAGACAUGGGGCGGAUCCAGCUGGUUCCUCGUCCGCAGCCCUCAGACGAGUCCCUGCAGUACCAGCGCUACCUAAACUACUUGAUCGGCUACGAUGUGACUGAUGUCAGCAACGUGCACGACGAUGAGCUGGAGUUUACCCGCAGGAAACUGCUGACGCCCAGACGCAUCGAGCUGUCUGAACGCGACCCCAAACUCUACUCCAUGGACCCCUGGGUGGCCCGCAAGACGUUGCCUGAACACCUGCGCAGCAAGGUCAGUAACGGACACAUCCUGUUGGUGAUCCACAUUGGCACAGCCAGCCAGACCAUCAAGGUCUCCAUUGACGACACACCGGCACAGGUUUUGACCAGCUUCUUCACCAAGACAGCAAAUAAAAGACUUCUGCUUGGCAUCCCUGUCAACAUGUGUGAGACUGACUUUGUGCUGCGUGUGUGUGGCAGGGAGGAGUACCUGUAUGGGGAGAAACCACUGCAGAAUUUCAACUGGAUCCGUCAGUGUCUGAAGAACGGCGAUGAGAUCCACCUGGUUCUGGAGAAGCCACCUGAUCCUGACCUGAACCAGGUCAAGAAGGAGGAUUGGGCACAAGUGGAUGACUGCACUGGAGUCGCAGGUACCCAUGAGCAGUUGACGAUCGAUGAGAAGGACCAUGAACGAGUGUUCACUAUCUCCAUGUGGGACUGCAACAGGAAGUUCAGAGUGAAGGUGCUGGGUAUUGACAUCCCAUCACUGCCCAAAAUCCCAGAGUUUGUUGUCUUCAUAGAGGCCAGCAUCUUCCAUGGUCAGCAGCUUCUAGCCCAGGAGAGGACGUCUUCCAAAACCUUCAAUGAAGAAGUGUUGUGGAACUGCUGGUUGGAAUUUAACAUUAAGAUCAAGGACCUGCCGAAGGGGGCACGACUCAACCUCCAGGUGGUGUGCAGGAAGCAACCUCAGACACCAAACUCCAAGACAAGCGCCUACCAAGAUAAUUCAGCAGGAGGAGGCAGCCAUGAUGGAAAGACCAAGAGUCGCCUUCUGUAUUACGUCAACCUGCUGCUGAUCGACCACCGCUCCCUGCUCCGCCAGGGCGAGUUCAUCCUCAACAUGUGGAAAAUGCCGGAGAAGAGCGAGGACAGCAGCAGUAGCAUCAACGCGGACAAGCUCACCUCGGCCACCAACCCUGACAAGGCCUCCUCCAUGGCCAUCGCCAUUUUGCUGGACAAGUAUUGCUACCCCGUGGUGCUGCCCAAGAGCCGCGACGUGAGCCGGGAUAUCGGGGCUAGCGGUGAGGAAGCUGAUGGAGGGGAGCGAGGUCAGAGAGAGAUGCCCAACCACCUGAAGAAACAGUUUGCGGCCAUCGUGGCGACUGACCCCUUGCAUCCACUCAGUCCUGAGGACAAAGAGCUGCUGUGGCACUUCAGGCAUGAGUGUAUGCGUGACCCAAGGGCCUACCCAAAGCUGCUCGGCUCGGUCAGGUGGGGGAAACAGGAAGAUGUUUUGGCAACACACCGUCUGUUGGAGCGCAGCAAUGCAUGGGACACUAGUGGUCUGGAUGUCGGUCUGGCCAUGCAGCUGCUCGACUGCCACUACUCAGACGCUCAGGUCCGCUCCAUGGCUGUCAGGAAGCUGGAGACGCUGGAGGAUGAUGACGUGCUCAGAUACCUUCUGCAGCUUGUACAGGCAGUCAAGUUUGAGCCCUAUCAUGACAGCGCACUAGUCAGGUUCCUGUUGAAGAGAGCUCUGAGGAGUAUGCGCAUAGGUCAUUUUCUCUUCUGGUUCCUGCGCAGUGAGAUUGCUCAGUCCAAACAUUACCAGCAGAGGUAUGCUGUCCUACUGGAGGCCUACCUCAGAGGCUGUGGUGAAGCCAUGCUGCAGGACUUCAGGAAACAGGUGGAGAUGACUGACCAUCUUCAGAAAGUCACCAAAGAGAUCAAGGCCAUGUCUGCUGACAAGUAUGACAUCACACCACAAGUGGUGUUUCAGUUGCGUCAGAAGCUGGAAACUCUGCAGUCAUCUGGUCUGCCAGAGGGUUUCAGGGUCCCUUAUGAUCCUGGACUAAGAGCCGGAGCCCUGCUGAUCGAGCAAUGUAAAGUGAUGGCAUCUAAGAAGAAGCCGCUGUUUCUGCAGUUUAAACGGGCUGACCCCACCACUCUGUCCAAAGACCCCAUCGGCAUCAUCUUUAAGGAUGGAGAUGACCUCAGACAGGAUAUGCUCAUCCUACAGAUUCUGCUGAUCAUGGAGUCAAUCUGGGAGACCGAAUCCCUGGAUCUCUGUCUGUUACCCUACGGCUGCAUCUCCACCGGCAACCGGAUAGGUAUGAUUGAGAUUGUAAAGGACGCCAACACCAUCGCUAACAUCCAGCAGAGCGUCGUGGGAAGCACCGGAGCUUUCAAAGAUGAAAUUCUUUGUCAGUGGCUGAGAGACAAGUGUGUCAGCGAGGAUAAGUUCCAGCAGGCUGUGGAGAGGUUUCUGUAUUCCUGUGGAGGUUACUGUGUGGCUACUUACGUCCUGGGGAUCGGGGAUCGCCACAACGACAACAUCAUGAUCACCGAAUCUGGGAAUCUUUUCCACAUCGACUUUGGUCACAUCUUGGGGAAUUAUAAGAGCUUCAUGGGAAUCAGUAAGGAGUGGGUUCCCUUCGUGCUGACGCCAGACUUCCUGUAUGUCAUGGGAACAUCGGGAAAGAAAAGCAGCCCCCACUUCCAGAAGUUCCAGGAUGUGUGUGUUAAAGCUUACCUUGCACUUCGGCAUCACACCAACCUCCUCAUCAUCCUCUUCUCCAUGAUGCUGAUGACCGGCAUGCCCCAGCUGACCAGCAAGGAAGACAUCGAGUACAUCCGUGAGGCGCUGACGGUCGGCCGCAGCGAGGACGAUGCGCAGCGACACCUGCUGGAUCAAAUCGAGAUCUGCAGGGAGAAAGGCUGGAUGGUCCAGAUCAACUGGUUUGUUCACCUGGUGCUGGGGAUUAAGCAGGGUGUGGAAAAAAGGUCCACUUAGGACACAGUGUAAGUUAGGAGGGAAAACUUUUUAUCUUAAGAUUGUCUUUUGUUUAUUUUAUGUAAAUAAGACGGUUAUGUCUGGAAAGCUAUCGAAAUUACAGGCAGGUUGUGAACCAUUUGCACCAGUUUUUAUUAACGUCAAUAUCUGCAAACAUAAAUGUUGUAUUUUAGACUACCUAAACUCUCAAAUACUGUAUGAAGACAUUUUUUUAUGAAACCUAAUGGAAGCAUUUGAAUCACUAAAAGGAGGCGAGAUGUGACAUCAAAACCAAUUAUUUUAGGUCUAGAAAAAGACUGAAAUCACACCAGAAGGAACUGCAAAGAGUGGCUGACAAUGAGGAUUUUAACCUGUGAUACUACGUGUAUGCACAUUUGUCACCAAGAUGCUCUGUGCUUAAUUAAAUGUAUUUAUAAUGAUUAUUUUUGGAUGGUGACGAUAUCCAGAGCAGAAAAUACUAAAUAUAGUCUAUUGCACGGCUGAGACCAAGUUCAAGUUCCACAAAAUGAUCAUUAAAUCUUAAAAGCAGAUUGCAGGUUUUCAAGUUUUAAAAUGGCUAAUGUUAGAUUUAAGUUAAUAAGAACACAGAAACACAGAAAUUAAAAUUCAAUUUAAUAUAAAAAAUUCUGUUUUGUAUGAGUACGGAACUGGAUCUCUACAGUCUUUCUUAUGAUCCAUUUUCACCCAGACUACUUCCUGUUUCCAGUUCUCUCAUUCAAAGUCAUCUCCUGCUGAGGAAACACAUUUCUCUGACAUUUCCUUUUACGUUAUUUGCAUUUAAAGACAUUUAAUCAAACAUGAAGUUGAUGUCACUGUUUACAGAAUCCUUGCUGAAGUAGCGUCGCUGUGUACCUCUAUCCCCAGAGGAACUGAGAGAUUGAAGAAUUAAAGGAUCAGUCUGGUAAAUAGCUGAUGCCAGUUUAACAGUUACUUAAAAUAUAUAACAGUUGUGGUCAGAGAUUUGACAUAAUGUGUUAUUAUUCAAGUAUUCAAGAUGAGAGUUUUAUUAUUUAUACAUGAAGAUUUUUAUUUGCACAAGCUGUGUGACAUUUAAAUUCCAAAAGAUAUAUUUUAAAAUGUUUAAUUUAACUAUGCAAAAAUGAAAAAGGUGCUACAUUGGCUUGUUGUUGACAUUUAGCGCUUGCUGGUCAGUGCUGGAGUCACGUCAGUCAAUCAGAAGUAACCACGCAGGUCAGUUCUGGCUCAGUGGGUUUGAUCCAAGAUGAAGGAUUUUUUUUUUGUCUAAUGAUUUACAGCAUAUCAAUGACAUCAUGUUGAGAGGUAAAAGCCCUCAUAAAUCUGCACAUGGAUCACUCCUUAAACAUUUCUGUGUGAGGUGAUUACCUUUUAAUAUGCUGUUGUUAUUUUCUUCAGUUUUUUUGUCUUUUUGACCAAUUCACACCUUCCAAGUUGUUGAUAAAAAGCUACAAUAAGCAAUCUGAGAUCAGUGUUUCCUUAAUCUGAUAUCACUUCUAAUCAGGAUUCCUGAAAGUGAAAUGACUGGAACAUGUUUGCUUUUCUAUGUAUCAGUAUCAUAAAAUUAAAGUUAUAUACUAUAAAUACUCCUUUGUGGUUCCUCUUUCACCUGUCAGACUUACAGCUUGUUAAUAUUUCAUUUUACAUUCCUCUUUCCUACAUCUUCCAACAAGGUAUUUUAUUUAUUUUUAGGUUUUUUUUAAGCUAGUUUUUAUUCUAACUUUUACUAAACUAUUUUCUCUUAUUAU